AUGCCUGGACCUCCAGGAUUCUCAUGCACCUCAUUGCCUCCACAAUAUCAAAUUGACUGUUACAAAAAACGCUGCCAUGAAGUUUACACUUCUCUUGCAUCAGAACCGGCUCUACAAACGCCGAAUUCCGUUCAAAAAACGCCCAGCUCUGCUCAACGAAAACCUAAUGCUGCUCAGCAGAGUCCUGGAUUAGAUAGAGGCUGUAUCAGCGUAGCCCCCGAAGUCCAGCUCGAAUGUUACCGUAAUGAUUGUCCAAUUUCGGAUCCUAUUGGUCAUUCGUGCGGCACUUUACGACUGGACUAUCAACUACAAUGCUACAAAGCGCAUUGCGAUAACAACAACUUUCUUAGCGCCAAAAUUCCUGUACUUCAAACUCUACAGGGUGGAUGUGCAACCGCAGCACCAGAAAUCAGGAAGAAUGCUUCCAAAAAGAAUGUUUUAAAUUAUUCUGUGCUCCACUCCCAAUGCAGUGGAAUAUUGGACGGUUCUAGUGCGUCAGGAAGUUCAGAUGAUGAUGGCUCGAGUGCUUCUGGUAGCUCGGAUGAUGAUGGAGUCAAUGGCCCAGAUGGUAAGGGAGGAUUAACUCCUGGGUGUCAUUGA